AUGAACGAACCAGCCGAACAACAGCAACUUCACGCAUUCUGUCUGCCAGAACAAACCAUCAACUCACUCCAGUACACCAACAACAACAACUACACCGACCAACCAGAAACAACAGAACCAGAAACAGAAAGAAAAGAAACAGCCAACGAGAACCUGUCAAGCUUCAGCUGCACGGUCUGUAACACCAGCUUCGACUCAAACGACCUACAGCGAGAACAUUUCAGAUCAGACUGGCACAGAUUCAACCUCAAGCUGACCACAGCAGCCAGCCACAAGAAGCCGAUCGACCAUCGACUAGGCUUCAAGUCAUCGAAGAACUUCAAGCAGUCUGCAUCCACUAGUCUCGAAGAUCGCUUCCAAGAGAUGCUCUCAUCAUCAACACAGCCAGACUCAUCAGAACCGAUCAGACUGCUCUCACCAGCAGCAAGCCCCCUGCUCUGGUUUACGCUAUCAGCCGGCCAAGAGCCUUCUGCUGCCACAGUAUCAGAAGAGGAACAGAUCGUCCAGCUGGGGUUCUACCGCGCCAUCUUCCCCAACAGCUUCCCACGAGACCGUUCCCUGGCCCCAAACCAGGACGAACUAGGUACCACAUACCGAACCGAACUCGCCGCCCUCCAACGCCCAUUCCUGCCCCCCAACUUUUCACCUGAUAUCACCUCGGAACCCUCGCUGCCGCCAACGUGGACGAUCAUCAUGAUCGGGGGCGGACACUUCGCCGCUAUGGUCGUCUCUACCAUCCCCAAACUGAGACAUGUAAGCAAAAAUAAAGCCCCAGAAAUCGAGCCCGUAAUCUUGCAUCAUAAAACAUUCCAUCGCUAUACCACCAGAAGAAAGCAAGGCGGGGGGCAAGCAAGUCACGAUGCGGGCGGAAAAGGCGCGGCCAAAUCAGCAGGAGCAAGUCUAAGAAGAUACAACGAACAAGCACUCUCCCAAGAUAUCCAAGAUCUUCUGAAGGCCUGGGACGAGCCCAUCAGCCACUCCGAUCUCGUCUUCAUUCGCUCUAGCAAAUCGAACCUGAAGACGCUCUUCAAGAGUAAAGACGAGACGGGUGGAUGUAAACUUACGCGCGGGGAUCCGCGGGUCAGGAGCCUGCCGUUUGUAACAAAGCGUCCUACAUUUAAUGAGUUGAAGCGAUGUUUCAACGAGCUCACACGUGUCAAGAUCUUCAAGACGACGCGCGGCGAGAUGAAGAUGAAGGAGCAGACGAUGCGGGAGAUAUAUGAGCGAGAGAAAGCGCGACGGGAGCAGCAAGCGGCCAAGAAAGCGGAGCAAGAGGCUCGACAACGCGCUGAGGAGGAGCGGAAGCGGGCGGAGAGGAUGGAGCAGAAGCGGGAGAAGACGGAUGCAGAGAAGGCGCAAGAGCUGGAAGAUUCGCGCUGGGAGCGGGUGAUCGAGAUGGUGAAAAAGGGGAAGCUGGAAGCGCUGCAGGAGUUUGUAGGCAAGCAUAGCGAGACGGACUGGUUUGGGCAGCUUCCGGCGCGGGUGACGGGGCGGGCGGAAGUGAGCGGCGGGGUGGUGAGUCUUUUGCAGCUGGCGUCGAUGUCCGACCAUCCGGGCCUAGUGGAAUGGUUGCUCUCGACCACGACGAGCGACCCGACGAUGGUCGCUCCCGAACGGACGGGCACGUCGAAGGCCCAUCUCACGCCCUACGAACUCGCGGCCUCCCGGCUGGUCCGUAACGUCUUCCGGCGCGCUAUGGCCACUAACCCCACCCAAUACGACUGGCUCGCGAAAGCUAAGGUGCCUUCCCCGCUCACCGAGGAGCUCGAGGCGACCCAGAACAGUAAGAAUAAGGAGUGGAAUAGGAAGCUUAAGGAAAAGCUUAAGGAACGCGACCGGGUGCGCGCCGAGAACGAGAAGCUUCUGCAGGCCCAGGCCGCCGCCGCUAAACAAGAGGAGACGAAAGCAAGAGCCCCGAAAGUUUCGUCUGCGACUGCUAAUCGCUUGGACGGCGGCUCGGUCGCUCGCAAGUCUAAUGUCGUGUCGGCUAAUGCGGUGGCGGGGUUGUCGGAGGAGCAACGGGCCCGUUUGGAACGCGAGCGGAGAGCGCGAGCCGCCGAAGCGCGACUUAGAUGA